CGUCGUUCUCCUCGUCGGCGGCGAAACAAUGGAGCCGGACGUCAGCAUCGAAACCAGUUCCAUGAUCCGGAUAGCUGUCAUACCAAUCGGAACUAUCCAGUCACACCAAUUCCGAGACUACGUUGCAAUGCUCGGUCGCCACCACAAUAUCGAACUCUCAGCGAUCAGUUCCUUCUACACCGUACACGAAAAAUCACCCUUCUCGCAACAGCCCUGGUAUUCCGGCAACCUCCGCUUCAAAUACGUCAUCGGUGGAUCUCCGCCGAGUCCGUGGGAGGAUUUCCAACCCUAUCGGAAAAUUCAUGGUGUUAUUGGAAUCUGUCAUUGUCCCUCUUCUCCUGAUCUGGGCAGUGUACUCGCGCAAUUCCUUGCGGCGUGUAAAGGAUACUCCUCUUCUCUUAUUCAACGCUGUUUCGCUUUUUCUCCCUGUGAUUCUCAGUUAGAGGAUGAAAGUAAGAAAAGCAAUAAGCUGGUGUUAUUUCCUCCUGCUGAUCAACGAACACAGGAAUUUCAUCUGCAAACAAUGAUGCAAGACAUGGCUGCUUCACUUCUGAUGGAAUUUGAGAAGUGGGUGGUUGCAGCAAAAUCGAGCGGGACCCUUCUCAAGACUCCUUUAGAUUCUCAAGCCAGUCUCAGCGCAGAGGAGCAAUUUUUUCAGGCGAUGAAAGCCAGAAAAAGGAGAGAUGCCCGAGCCCAUAAAACCAUAGGGGAUUACUGUCUACUAGCUGGAUCACCUGUUGAUGCCAAUGCCCAUUAUUCUGAUGCUCUAGAACUUGCAAGAACAAUCGGAGAUUAUUUUUGGUAUGCUGGGGCAUUGGAAGGUGGUGUUUGUGCCUUUCUGAUGAGUAAAACAGGGGAGAAGGAUGCAGCUUUAGUGGAAGAGGUCAAGUUUCGCUACAAUGGUGUCAUCACUCAUUAUCGCAAGUCAUUUAUAUCAGAAAAUGCUCAAAGAGUUUCUCCUCUGAGCUUUGAACUUGAAGCUACUUUGAAACUGGCAAGAUAUCUCUGUAGACCAGAGCUAGUGAAGGAGGUGGUGGAGCUGUUGACUACUGCAACAGAUGGAGCCAAAUCAUUGAUUGAUACAAGUGAUAGACUGAUUUUAUACAUCGAAAUAGCUCGUUUAUUUGGAACUCUUGGGUACCAUAGAAAAGCUGCCUUUUUCUCCAGACAAGUGGCUCAAUUAUACAUGCAACAAGAAAGCAAUUUAGCUGCUUCAAGUGCUUUACAAGUAUUGGCACUCACCACAAAAGCUUAUCGUGUUCAAAGUAGAGCUUCCAUUUCCAAUGAAACCGGUCAAUAUCUUGUUGAUGGUGGAAAGAUGAAUCAUCAUUUGGUGGUAUCUUUAUUCGAGUCUCAAUGGAGCACAUUGCAGAUGGUUGUACUAAAGGAGAUACUUUUAUCCGCCGUUCGCGCCGGCGAUCCUCUUGCUGCAUGGAGUGCCGCCGCCCGUUUAAUACGAUCUUACUACCCUUUAAUCACGCCGCCCGGCCAAAACCGCCUCGCAAACGCCCUAAUCAAUUCCGCCGACCGCCUUCCUUCCGGCACUCAUUGCUCCGAUCCCGCUUUGCCCUUCAUAAGGUUGCAUUCGUUUCCACUCCAUUUCUCACAGAUGGACAUAAUAAAACGGAAUCCAAAACGAGAAGAUUGGUGGGCGGGGUCAGCUCCUUCGGGACCUUUUAUCUACACACCGUUUAGCAAACGUGAUGCAGUUUCGAACAGUAAACAUGACCUAAUUUGGGUAAUCGGGGAACCAGUUCAGGUGUUGGUGGAAUUAGCAAACCCUUGCGGGUUUGAUUUGAUAGUGAAUAGCAUCUAUCUCUCAGUUCACUCUGCAAAUUUCGAUGCGUUUCCUGUGAGUGUAACCCUACCUUCAAGUUCUUCCAAAGUUCUUAGUUUAUCAGGAGUCCCAACUAAAGAAGGGAUAGUGAGUAUCCCCGGAUGCAUCGUCCAUUGUUUUGGUGUUCUUACAGAACAUUUCUUCAAAGAUGUAGACAAUUUACUCCUCGGAGCAUCUCAAGGCCUCGUUUUUUCCGACCCUUUUCGUUGCUGUGGGUCUGCAAAGCAGAGGAAUAUAACUGUUCCCAACAUUACAGUAGUUCCCAGACUUCCAUUGUUAGUUUCACACAUGGUUGGUGGUGAUAGCGCCAUGAUUUUAUACGAAGGUGAAAUUCGUGAGCUCUGGAUGAGUUUAGCUAAUGCUGGAACAGUUCCAGUUGUGCAAGCGAACAUCUCAUUAUCAGGGAAAAAUCAAGAUUCUGUUGUGUCAAUCGGAUAUGAAAUUCUGAAAUCUGCAUUACCAUUAAAACCUGGAGCUGAAGUGAUUAUACCAGUCACAUUAAAAGCAUGGCAACUAGGGUUAGACCCUGAUACAGCUAAUAAGAGACAGGUGGAUGGAAGCAGCCCGGUUUUGUUGAUUCAUUACGUGGGACCCACCGGAGACCCCAUGCCACCUGGACGCCGCCUUGUUGCCCCGCUAAAUAUCUGUGUUUUGCAAGGGCUUUCCUUCAUGAAAGCUCGGUUGUUGUCAAUGGAGAUUCCCGCUCAUGUUGGUGGCGUUUCUGAAAAUAUCUGUUCUACUGAUUCGCUUGUGAAGAUUGAUCCUUUUAGAGGAAGUUGGGGUUUGAGGUUUCUUGAAUUUGAGCUGUAUAAUCCAACUGAUGUUGUGUUUGAAGUUAUUGUCUCUGUGGUGGAUGGAAUAAAUACCAAUAAUACUAAUAAUAAUAAUAACAACAGCAAUAAUAACGAUAAAGAUAAUAAUAAUGAAUUUAGUUAUCCGAAAACGAGAAUAGAUAGGGAUUACACUUCUCGGGUGCUUAUUCCAUUAGAGCAUUUUAAGCUACCUGUUCUUGAUGGAUCUGUUUUGAUUAACAAUGGGGGUGGGGGAGUGAAGACGAAAGCUGAAUUGAAUGCUUCGAUAAAGGAUUUGAUUUCGAAGAUUAAGGUGAGGUGGCAAUCGGGGAGGAAUAGUGCGGGGGAGUUGCAUAUUAAGGAUGCUACACAAGCGGCUCUUCAGACAUCGGUUAUGGAUGUUUUGUUACCGGAUCCUUUGACUUUUGGUUUUAGGGUUGAUGAAAGGAAGGAGAAACAAGAUUGUGUUGUGGCAAAUGAGAUGAGUCGGAUGGCAGUUAUUGUUAGGAAUAACACAAAAGAUUGUAUAAAGAUGAGUCUUAGUAUUACGUGUCGAGAUGUUGCAGGUGAGAAUUGUAUUGAAGGCUAUAAUAAUCCUACCGUACUAUGGGCAGGUACUUUGAUUGGUGUGAAGGUGGAGAUUCCUCCGUUGAAAGAAAUUAAACAUACAUUUUCUCUUUAUUUUAUGGUACCUGGUGAAUACACGUUGUUAGCUGCUGCAGUAAUAGAUGAACCUAAUGAGAUAUUGAGGGCACGUGCACGUUCUACUUCGUUUGAUGAACCAAUCGUUUGUCGGGGCCCACCUUAUCAUGUUCGAGUGCAUGGGAUUGUUUGAUGUCUUUUCUCUUUUUAUAACUACGGUCUACAUGCAUCAUUCUUGACCCAAAAUUUUGUAUUUUUUUCACUGUUUAUGCUUCAUUAUUAUUUUUUACUUUAGCCAAUUUUGGGCAUUAUAGCUAUUGUUUUUAAGUCCAAAAAUUGUAAUGCAAAUAAACAUGUUCUUACUGCUAUAUAUAGGAUAGACUUGUUAUUGAAGUUCUAAGAGGAAAAGAUCGUAUAUUGCUUGUCA